UAGUUUCCAAGAUGGCGUCCUUGUCAACGAAAUUUAUUACGGAGCUUAUUUUAAACUGUGAUCUGCGUCUAGAAUCUGUGACUUGAUUCACUGUUUGGCUUUUUGUGAUGGCGUAUAUGAAGCCACAUAAACCAUCGGCAAGUAAGUCAGGAAACAGUUCGUCCAAUGUGGCACUUGCUGCUGUUGCUCUUCAAGACCACAUGACUCGUUCUCUGUCCCUCAAAGACCCAUUCAAGAAAAAGAAAAUUAACCACAGUCUUCCAGCAGCAGCUAGAAAUAAAAAAACAAACAAGGCAGUGGUAAAUACUUCUAAAGAAGGUGAUGACAAAGAAGAAUAUGUUCUUGAUCCAAAACCAGCGCCCCUUACAUUGGCUCAGAAACUUGGCCUUGUUGAAGCUCCAGAACUCCUCCUUUCUGACAAAGAGUGGAGGAAAAUCAAGGAGACGUCAAAUGCAAGACAAGACUCAUCUCAACCAUGUGUGAUAUGCAAAGAAGACUUUGGUCUACAACAACAGGUUUUGUUAUCAUGCACCCAUGUUUUUCACAGGACCUGCCUUGAAGCAUUUGAGAGGUUUUCUGGUCGUAAAUCUUGCCCCAUGUGUAGAAAAGAGCAGUAUCAAAGACGGAUUAUCCAUGAAGGCGCUAAGGAGUAUAGGAUAAAAUGUGCAACAAGAAUCCAAGCAGCUUGGCGUGGUUACAUUGUUCGGCAGUGGUACAAAAAGCUAAGGCAGACAGUCCCUCCCAAAGAUCCAAAACUCAGAAAGAAGUUUUAUGAAGACAAGUUUCAAAGCAUAACUGAUCGCCUUGUGCAGUCUAUGGAAGCCCGAAAUCAAAGUGUUGAUGAUCUGCUUCUGGAGAUUGACCAAUCCAUUGCCGUCAGCCGUCACACAAUGAGGCAAUUGGACGGAGAAACUGGGGAAACAUUGGCAGAGACAGACUGGGAUCAGGUUCAACUUCAGGCAGUACAAAGAUGUGUGACUGACUGUCCAAUUUGUAUUAUGCCGCUUACUGACCAAGGACUAUACAAAAAGAACUCUUCAUCACGGCCCACUGUUUUGCUGUCGUGUUCACACGUGUUUCACGCCACCUGUCUCGAGGCGUUCGAAGAAUUCUCCUUGGACAAACGACGUGUGUGUCCCGUCUGUAGGUCUCUUUACCGCAAGAAGAUACUGUAGUAAAAGCACAGAAA